AUGUCUGAGGAGAGCGAUGAGGACGAGCUGCCUAGCUUGGUCUCCCUGAUACAGUCCUCGCCGUCGCAGCGACUGCCCGGCGAGUUGGGCCAACAGCAGUCCUCGUCCUCCGCACCCGAGCCAGGGAGGGCAGCGGAAGUGAUUGCUGUGCAGAACAGUGGGAGCCAGGAGGAGGUCGCCAUUCCUGGGUCUGAAAAGUUCCUGAGGAGGGUAGAAGUAAACAAGGAGGCGGCUUUUAAGCACCCCAACCCGAGCGGUGGGAAUGCAGCAGGGCAAGCCGGCCUUUGUGCUAGAGAUGACCUGAUGGUGCCUGGCAGCAGAGGGCCACAGGAAGCCGUGAUGCUGUCUGGAGAAGGGUCUUGUGACAGUCAAAAUGUCAGGCACGGUGCUGAGAGGCCCUCGUUGUGGCCUGACUCUGCAGACCAGCCUAAUAGGCCUGCAAGCCCAGCAAGCUCAGAAACAUCCUCCCUUCCCAAGAAGCCAAAAUAUACUUCGAAUGAAGGGCUGGCAAUCUUCCAGGCUGCUUGUCAGAGGUGUAAGGAAGGAGAAGCACAGAGGAGGCAGCAGGAGAAAGAGAGGCAGAGGGCCCUUGUUAAGACCCUGCAAGCUCAGCCACCAGGGGAGUGCCAAAAAUAUGUAACAGUGGUAUUAGAUUCAGUUCUCAUUCAGAUAAGAUCUGGUGGACCAAUCCUUAAAGCUUUGCAGGAUGCAAAUUAUUCCUUUGUGGCGAAGAGGCAGGCUGUUCCCUUCAGCAUCACAUGGAGGAGAAAGACUAUGUUAUCUCAGAUGGAAGAAGGAGAUGAAUGGACAGAAGAACCACAUGUCCUGGUUGUGGUUCCCCCGGAGGAGCUUCUGUUCAUGGUUGACAAGGACAGACAAGAGGCCCAGGGCUGCACAGGACACAAGGAGACCCUACAGAGCUAUGUAGAUCAUGUGAUGGAGAAAAUGCCUGGGAAAUUUCUGACACUGGCAGUAGUUGGUCUGGAAAAUUUUUUCAGGAUUCCCUCAAGAAGGAGUCUGCGACAGGCAGCAGCAAAUGGAAACCAAGAAGAGAAAGAAAAAAAAUGCAGAGAAAAUAAGAAUUCUAGCUUGAAGAUAACCAGACUGGACGUGGAAAAAGCCAUGGUGGAUCUGCAGGUGUGGAAAAAAGUCCAUGUCAAGAUUUUGAGGAGCUGGGAGGAGCUUGGAAAUUAUACCACUAUGUUCUCAACAGCUGUAGCUAAAGCACCAUUCAUCGGGGAGGAGUGGUGCAGAGGGGUGAAGUUUGAUCAUUUGAGAAAGGAUCUCUUGGAAGUCUGGAAAAGGCAGAUACACCAAUUUAACUGGGCCAGCUUCAAGAUGGCUGAGGCUAUUGUAUCUGCAUCCCCUUCGCUUCUGACCCAGGCCUACAGCAGAUACGCCUUGGAGCAGGAGCAGGAAAAUGUGCUGGCCAAUAUCCCUGUGCACUCCGGUGAUGGUGUGACAGCCACCUCCCGGUGCAUCAGACCAGAACUUUUCCAACUAAUCUAUCUGCAGAUGACUUCCUAAGAUCCUGAUCUCUACUUGGAUUUCACUCCAAGCAAAGUGAAGCCCCAGCAAAUGAAGAUUUUACUGUUUGCUUGGUUUAAGUGUUCCUUCUGGGAAGAAGUUCUUGGCUAA